UCACGCCCCCUGGGAAGGAUCUCCCCCUGGGAAGGAAACGGAAACAUAUUCAUUCGGCGCGAAAAGCCAAGAAAAGGAAACCAGCUCUCUCUCUUCUUGGAGAGGCAGCAGCCAUGGAUGCUUCUGGGGAUCCCGUGAAGGAUCUCUGCGAGGAAGCCACUUGCUGCAUCUGCCUGGAGUAUUUCAGGGAUCCAGUGAUCAUUCAUGAGUGCGGGCACAACUUCUGCCGAUCCUGCCUGAUCCAGUGCUGGGAGAAAUCUGAGGGAGAGGCUUCCUGCCCUCAGUGCAGGGAAACGGUUGAGCAAAGCAGCAUCACGAGAAACCAGCAGCUGGCAAAUUUUGUGGAAAUAGCCAAGAAAUUCAGCCAUGUGGGGGGGAAAGAGGAGGGAAAAGGAAAGGGCAGAAUGUGCGAGAAGCACCAGGAGCCCCUGAAGCUGUUCUGCAAGGAGGAAGGAAGACCCAUCUGUGUCGUGUGUAAUGUAUCUAAGGAGCACAAAAGCCACGAGGUGGUUCCUCUAGAGGAGGCGUCCCAGGAGUUCAAGGAUCAGAUCAGCAGCUGCCUAGACAAUGUGAGGAAGAAGAGAGAGAAAAUUCUAGUAUUUAAAGCAGACACAGAAAAGGAAAGCCAAGACCUGCUCAAACAAACAGGUGCAGAGAGGGAAAAGAUGGUGGCUGAGUUCAGGCAAUUGCGCCAGUUUCUGGAAGAACAAGAGAAGCUUCUUUUGGCCCAGAUGGCAGAAGUGGAGAAGGAGAUUGCCGCAAAAAGGGAGGAGCAUCUGGCCAGACUCUCCGGGGAACUCUCCUCUCUUGAGAGCCUCAUCCGGGAGAUGGAGGAGAAGCUUCAGGAACCAAUGAGUGAAUUCCUGCAGGAUAUCGGAAGCUUUUUGCACAGGUCUCAGGGGAAGGAGAACUUAGAGGAUCCUCCUGUGGCUUUUCCUCCUGACCUGAAGUGGAGGAUCUGGGACUUCUGUGAUAUAAAUGCCUUCCUGGAGGGAGUCAUGAAGAAACUCAGAGACAUUGUGGAACAUGGACUUCAGCUGCGAAAAGAAAACGUAACGUUGGAUCCAGACACAGCACAUCCCUGUCUCAUCCUGUCCAAGGAUCGAAAGAGUGUGAGAUGGGGGGGAAAGCCUCAAGACCUGCCAGACAACCCUGAGAGAUUUGACACAUAUGGUGAUGUGCUGGGAUGUGUGGCGUUCAAGGAAGGCAGACAUUUCUGGGAGAUCACUGUGGGAAGAGAGGAGGAAUGGUCCGUGGGGGUUGCCAGAAAGUCUGUGAAGAGGAAAGGCACGUUUACUGCUGCUCCUGAGGAAGGGAUCUGGGGUAUGGAGAAGUGUGACUGCUACCCCAAUAAUGCCCCUGUUCCAAGUGAGGAGCCCAAGAGGAUCCGAGUGACCUUGAACUGUGAAGGGGGACGGGUGUCCUUUUACGAUGCUGAUACAGCAACCCUUCUCCACUCAUUCUCAGAAGCCUCCUUCUCAGGAGAGAUCCUCCAGCCCUACUUUUAUGUGAUGGAGAAAGCGAACCUGACACUCUCUUGACUGAAGGUGCAGGCAGACAAGCGUAUAUUGAUUGCCAUUAUGACAUACCCAGUCUCCUCUUCAGGACUCAGCAGACAGGCACUUAAGGAGAAACCACAUUUGCCGAACUGUGAUUGGCCAUCCCUUGUGUCAAUCAUGAUGCAUCUCUCCCAUCUCAGGCCAGCUUUGUAAAUGACACUGAUGGAUUGGGUCCCCUGUCAGUCCCCAAACUUGCCUCUUCACUCUCCCUUGGGAAUCGACUACUUCUGUCAGUGCAGGAGGUGCAAAGGGGAAAAGAAGCAAGAAAAUAAUUUAGGAAACAACAGCAAACACCCCCCUCCACAUUCCUGUUUAGAUACAGUUCUCUCUCCAACCUCCAACUCUGACUUAAGAUUUCUAGAGAUAAUACCAUCAUAUUUCCUGAAUAAAACCAGAAUUAUGCACAGGCUUCACUUAAAACCUUCCUCAGCCUUAGUCCUGCGCUCAGAUUCCCUUUUCCUUCCCCAAAACCUCCACUGCCAGGGAGAUGGAAGUUCCAAAAUCCCUUUUUUUUGCAACUAAUCGGGGAAGCUUAUGUGGCAAUUAAGGAAAAUCUCCAUAUUGAUAGAGACUUGUUUGCGAGUUGAGUACAGUUGACCCAAAACUCACGUGCAGCUUACUUGCGUGAUUGCAGCCUGGAGCCCUUCAUCAAAACACAAAUUAAUAAAUUGAAAGAGGGUGAGAGAUGGGGAAAAACUGUUGGAAGGGACUGUGAGAUCUCACAAGAGUCUCCAGAGCCCAGAAAACAAUUGGGGGGGGGGCAUUGGCAGUGGGAGAAAGAGUUUCUAAGUCCACCUUGCUCACCUGCCUUUAGAAAGGUUGCAUAAAGCUCUCAAGAUCUCUGGCUUCAGACAAGUAGGGAAGGUUGCAUAGGGGCAUUUUCAGGGGUCUUCCUGACUUAGCAAUACUGCCUUUGCAUGCUGAGCCCAGGAACAUAACUCCCACAUAGGUUUCGGGCCUCAAUGCAACACAGCGAAGAGCCUCUGUCAGAAGUUCUGAGGAGAGAACAAUGACAAUCUAGAGCAGGCAUCCCCAAACUUCGGCCCUCCAGAUGUUUUGGACUACAAUUCCCAUCAUCCCUGACCACUGGUCCUGUUAGCUAGGGAUCAUGGGAGUUGUAGGCCAAAACAUCUGGAGGGCCGCAGUUUGGGGAUGCCUGAUCUAGAGGAUCUUGGGGUGAUGGUAAAUUCCCAUGUAUACAAUUAUUUUCUCCAAGGUGCUUUGUAGUGAACAGUCAGAUACCUGUAUUUUUAGAGAUCCCCUCUUCCUAUCCUUUUGUAUAACGGGCCUGGAAGAAUUUGGGGAUGUGUUUCCUGUGCUAACAUGUAUGAUUCUAUUAAAGAUUGUACUUCUUGUUGCUCCUUUGUUGUUUUGAACUCAACAGUACAGUGGUACCUCUACUUACGAAUUUAAUGCGUUCCGAACGCACAUUUGUAAGUUGAAUCCCAUAGGAAUGCAUUGGGAGAAAAAAUUCGAAAGUCGAAGCAACCCUAUGUAAAAAUU